AGAGUCAGUUCCACGUUGGAAAAAUCCACAAGGAAGAAACACUUGACGGACGAUAACCCAGAAACGUGCUGGACAUCGCGACAAUGUCCUGCGCAGUAUAUCCAUUCAACGUUCGAAAAGCCAGUAAUACGCAAGGGUAUCACCGUCGUUUUCGAACCAGGGUGGAUU